CGCUUACAAGGUAAAAGCAGCUUGCAUCUCACGGGCGUGCAUUGUUCCUACGAUUCCAUAGUAAGGUUUUCUUUCACAUUAUGCAAUUCAUUGAAGACCGUUUAACACUGCGCCCAACCUAGAGAAACACUUUGUGAAUAGAAGACGACUUAACAUGUUGCAAGCGAGCCACCGGCAAGCUGCCGGAUCAUGUUUUACGGCGCGGUCGAUGCCGCCUGCGCGGCGUUUGAUGGUGCAGCCGUGGCGUUCCUCGGCGCAGCAGCAUCGCGUGGUACAAUGCAACGCAGCGGAAAUGCUCAUUGGCGUAGGAAGCUCAGUACCAGAGACCUUCCUUACAAACCACGACUUGGAGAAGCUCGUUGACACAAAUGAUGAAUGGAUUGUGACUCGCACCGGCAUCAGGAAGCGCCAUGUACUCGGCAAGGGCGAAACGCUGUCGCAGCAUGGUAUAACAUCCGCUAAGCGCGCUCUGGAGAUGGCUGGGAUAUCUGCACAAGAGCUGGACCUUGUGUUGUUCUGCACGUCAUCCCCAGACGACCUUUUUGGCUGCGCAUGCCAGGUCCAGGCGGGUAUCGGCGCCUCCCGCGCCGUCGCCUUCGACCUGACUGCUGCCUGCAGCGGCUUCGUGGUGGGGCUGGUGACGGCGGCGCAGUACAUCCGCGCCGGCACCUACCGCAACGUGCUGGUGCUGGGAGGGGAUGCGCUGUCGCGCUUCAUCGACUGGCGGGACAGAGGCACCUGCAUCCUGUUCGGCGACGGGUGCGGUGCAGUGGUGGUCAGCGCCAACCCCGACCCCGCCGCCCCCGGGGCGCUGCUGGGCCACGACAUGGGCAGCGACGGAGCGGGGCGCAAGCACCUGUACUGCGAUUUCACGGGUGCGGAUUUGAAGCCCCUGUCCGAGGGCGCAGCGCCCUCCUCCCACGCUUCGUACGGCAACCUGCAUAUGGCGGGGCAGGAGGUCUUCAAGUUCGCAGUACGAACAGUGCCCACGGUGAUUGACAACGCUCUCGCACGGGCCAACAUGCAGAAGGAGGAGGUGGACUGGCUGGUCAUGCACCAGGCCAAUCAGCGCAUCCUGGACGCAGCGGCGCAGCGGCUGGGUCUGCCCUCGGAGCGGGUGGUAUCCAACCUGGCGCAGUACGGCAACACCUCGGCCGCCUCCAUCCCGCUGGCCCUGGAUGAGGCGGUGCGCGAGGGGCGCAUACGGGCGGGGGACAAGCUCGCUAUGGCUGGUUUCGGCGCGGGGCUCACGUGGGCGGGAGCCAUCGUGCGGUGGGGCUGAGGGUGGGCGGAGCGGGAGAGGGGAGGAGCAAGGAGCGGAGAGGGACAACGAAAGAAGGGAUGAGGAGCACGAGGGGCAAGGAGCGAGGGGUAUUCAACCCUAUGAGCUGCAGAGCUGCGUGCAGCUGGGAGGCGGGGAUCAAGAGCACGAGCCAUAGGAGGCGGUGCUUGCAAGAGAAGGCAUCCGCAAUACCGGGGGCCAGACUCUGGGGAUAGAGCAGGGUAGGCGGGUUAGGCCGGGCGUCACCCCAACCAAGUGCUAGUAAGAUAGGUUGCGAAGGAGUGGGUGCUGUGAUGUGCAUGUCUGUGAGCACGGAGCUAGUGGGUAACAGGUGGUGUGCACCGAAGGGUGAAGGAGGAAACGCCGCCAUCGUUUCAACCGUAGCGGUGUUGCUUAGGUGAAAAGCAUCUGGGUCGGCAUAUGGGUGCUUUCCGGGGUGUGUUAGGGUAGGAUCAAGGAUAGGGGUAAGGUUAGAAUGGAGCACGGGGUUGUGUCAGUGCUUCUAGUAUUGGAUGCGAUGUCAUGAUCGAGGGCAGGUCAGCAAGCGGCUACCUGGCGCAACUAGGAGAGAGGUAUGCUAGCGACAGUGGGAGGGGUGCGGUGGUAGCUUCCCCCGGUUGUUGUCGUGACUGAUAUGGGUUAUGCUUCGAACUGCGUUUCAAGUUCGGUUGAUGGCGGCUACUGAACAGUUAUGAAUGUACUGCCUGCGCUUAAAGAUAGUGCUUGGUGUCAUCGCAUGGGAUGGCCCCCUUCCCUCACAGUGCUCAAGGCGUUCUGCUAUAUAACAUUUGUAUUCGCCCAAUGCCUCGGAGCUCAGGCGUUCCGGCCGUAUAGAUGAUUCGAAGGUUGCCAUACGGCAGUGGGUCGGAAUCCACUUAUUUGGUGUGUGUUAAGGAAACUGGCACUGUGUCCGUGCCUGUUCCAUCUUGGUUGACUAGGUGCGGCAGCUGGAAGGUUGGCGGGGAUGCGGGAAUUAGACGGGUUCCACCACGGUCUCAGAGCCCAGCCAUGUUGCUGUGUAUAUCAGGCAGACCCUUGGCUCAGCCGACCUAUGAAAAAAUGAGGGCCUGCCUGCCAUCGCCUGCGAGUGUAAGAGGCAUGCAAAUGCAUGGAC